AUGGAUGCAAUACCUUCUUCAUACCGGUUGCUUGCCGCUCUUCCUGCACGACUAUGUUCGCGACGACCUAUACCCUCGCAAUUACGAGCCGCGCGGUCACUAGCACCACAAUGGAGGUUCACGAACCAUAAAAGAAGUAUUAGCGCAGUAGCAGAACGCGCACCUACGAUCGACCGCUCGAAGUCGAAGCUUUUCAAAGACGCCGACGAAGCUAUAGCAGAUAUACAACCAGGCUCGACGGUCCUGAGCGCAGGCUUCGGACUAUGCGGAGUCGCAGAUACCCUCAUCCAGGCGAUGCAGAAACGCGGCCCACAGUCACUACAUUCAUUGACGGCUGUAUCGAACAACGCUGGCAUCGAGGAUGUUGGAGGUCUAGCACUUCUCACAAAGAAUGGACAAGUCGAGAAGUUGAUUAUAAGCUUCUUGGGGAACAACAAGGGCUUGGAGAAACAAUAUCUAGGCGGAGGCAUAGAGAUUGAGUUGUGUCCACAAGGUACACUUGCGGAGCGGAUUAGGGCUGGUGGUGCGGGCAUCCCAGCAUUCUAUACACCUACAGCUGUGAAUACGCUAUUACAUGAUGGGCAGAUCCCGGCAAAGUUCGACAAGGAAGGCAAAGCGAUUGGGUUCGGCCAGAAGCGGGAGGUGAGGGAGUUCAAUGGCAAGAAGUUCCUUAUGGAGACUGCUUUGACGGGUGAUGUCGCGAUCAUUCGAGCACACAAAGCUGACGAGGCUGGAAAUUGCAUCUUCAGAUAUACCACCAAAGCCUUCGGCCCCAUCAUGGCUAAAGCCGCGCGCCUCACCAUCGUCGAAGCCGAAGAGAUCGUCCCAAUAGGCACAUUCGAUGCGAACGAGAUCGACCUUCCCGGGAUAUUCGUUGAUCGCAUUGUUCCCUCUACAGCACCCAAAAACAUCGAAAUCAGGAAGUUGCGCAGCCCCUCAACGUCAAGCAAGGACAAGUCAUCCUCCAAGAACGACCACCGAACGCGAAUCGCGCGUCGCGCUGCGAAGGAGCUCAAACAAGGAUACUACGUCAAUUUAGGUGUCGGUAUUCCAACUGCAGCAGCAUCAUUCGUACCUGAGGGAGUGAAGGUCUGGCUACAGAGUGAGAACGGUAUCUUGGGCAUGGGCCCGUAUCCCACUGAAGACACGAUCGAUCCCGAUAUCGUAAACGCCGGCAAAGAAACAGUUGAGCUCCUCCCCGGCGCAUCGACCUUCGACAGCGCUGAAUCUUUCGGCAUGAUCCGCGGCGGUCACGUCGAUGUUUCAAUCCUCGGUGCUCUACAGGUCAGCGCAUCUGGCGACCUAGCAAACUAUAUGGUUCCUGGCAAAGUCUUCAAGGGCAUGGGCGGCGCCAUGGACCUCGUUAGUAACCCAGAUGCGACGAAGGUCGUUAUUGCCACCGAGCACGUUGCGAAAGAUGGGAGUAGCAAGAUCGUGCAAAAUUGUUCGUUGCCGCUUACUGGGGCGAAGUGUGUGAGCACUAUCAUUACAGAUCUGUGUGUGUUUGAGGUGAACAGGAAGAGGGGAACAUUGACGUUGACGGAGACUGCGCCAGGGGUCAGUGUAGAGGACAUUAAGGCGAAGACGGAUGCGAAGUUUGAAGUCUCGCCAGAUUUGAAGGAAAUGGAGUAG